AUGGCGACGAGGAAGGAGAAAUUAAAGGAAGCAAACAUCCUGUCGCAGGAGCAGGUCAACAAGAUCCAUGCUUCCUUCGAGGCAUUCGAUGCGGAUGGGAGCGGCGAGAUCGACGAGGAGGAGUUCAUACAGGCAUCACGGAGGCUCGGCCUGGAGCUCGAGGGCGACGAGCUGAACAAGAUGUUCGUGUCCAUGGACGUGGAUGGCUCAGGAGCCAUCGACAAGGAUGAGUAUGUGACGGCCAUGACC